CUUCUCUCAAUUUGCGCCCAGUAUUCCCCGGUGUCCACCAGUAUAGUGGGUACUGUCUCAAGAGAUUGUUGAAAAGGCAAGCCACAACAACCAUGAGACAACUGUCGAGGAGUACAAGCGGCACGAACUUCCAGCCCAUAGCGAUGAUUGCCGCCUCAGUCGAAGCCAGAACAGCCGUUGCCCCGCCAGGUGGAUGAAUGGUGUUUGUCAAAGACAUUACCCAAGAUGCCAGAGCACACCCAACAGCGCCUGAGACCCAUUGAAUGUUGUCAAAGUCCGAAUUAAGCUGGAAAAGUUUCGAGAUAGCCGUGCCGCAGAUUGCUGCCAGUGUAUUGCCAAUGAUAGAGUUCCUUGGCUGUGCAAGAGGCGAUUUGAUCGUGUUAAAGUCCAGGACCGCACUCGCUCCCAGUGAAGCGAUCAGCACUGGAGGAUGCCACGCCGUGAUUCCUGGAGCAUAAUUCCCGAUCCCAGCUACCAGACACAGUCCUGCCACUGUCGCGAGAAAUGUGAUCGGCCACUGUAGGACAGCAUAUGGUUCUUUCUGCGGACUUUCUCGAUACCCAAGCCAGUGUCGAAUCGGUUUGGGCAGGAUAUAAAGUCGAUUAUGAGGGAUCCAUGGGUUCAGAUAUCGGUCUACAUCAAAGUCGAGUAAUUGUCGCCAGGGCUCCGAUUGCACCACCAUCCUGCAAAGCUCUGGAUUAUACCUGCGCGCGGUAGAAGGGAAGAGCGGAAGAUGUGCGGAAAGAGGCACGGUCGGCAAGAAUGCACUGCACUCCACCGGGCUCCACCGUCGAGCUGCGAAAUGGUGUGGAAAAGCGAGGGAAUGUCACGUACAUGUAUUCAACAUCCUUUCAGCCAUGUUCAGUGACGUGCCGCGCGAUUCAAAGAGCGUCUCCUCGGAACUCCCAAGCCGAAUUUUCUCCGUCUGCCAUCUCUUCUCCCCAAGUAUCUGCUGGUCUAGCGCACGCCCUUCGCUGUGGUUGCACAACGCCCUUCGGAGGAUCAGAUUCCAUCCUCAAAAUCUCUCUCACGCCUUCGAUCCAGCGCAGAAUCGCCAGAGCGAGAUUCUCAAGGUCAAGAUCUGAGCCUGGUCACGCGGGGAGGCUAGAUCGAAACCUGUACGUAAUUGCUGGCUCUGAAGCCGCAACUCUGAUGAGAUCUCGAAGGGAGCCUUGGAGUUCAGGAAGAGAUGAGGUUGAAAAGAUUGCUUGUCGUUCUCGAAAAGAUAAGGGAAGCCCGCACUCCUCGGAGAAAGAGAUGCCUGCACGAGUGCCUUGGCUCGGGCGGGAAGCGGCGAGCCAAGACGAACAUUCCUUAGCGCAAAACAUAGCAAGUCCAAUGAUCUUCGAUUAUUCGGGCUGGGGCUCGGAUCUGAGACCAGCAUCAAGAAACAGUUUUGGUAUGUAUCACUAUACAAUUGCUCAAUGCCCAUCUAUUCUAUCCUCUCCGCCGCGCUGUGCGAAAAUAUUUUAUGCCGCGACCCCAUCUGUGCCGGUCAUGCUUAAGACCAUACCACACCAUAUUUAG